GCAAAAUAUCAUGAAUUAAUCAUGAAUUUAGAACCCAAAAUUUUAAUAAUCGAAGAAGCUGCUGAAACAGUAGAAUCACAUAUUAUCACUGCUUUAACACCAUCAAUAGAACAUUUAAUUUUGAUUGGAGAUCACAAGCAACUUCGACCAAAUAUUUCUGUCCACGAACUUGCAGAAAAACAU